GCUGUUUACCGUUUUAGGCAGGCGUUCCGUCUCUCCGCGUAUUUUGUUUCUUUUUUUGUUGUUUAAUUUUGUGUUUCUUGUGCUGGCGAAAGUUAAACAAAUAUCUUAAUACAAUUAUGUUUGUGUACAGUGUGUAACAAUUGCUGGGCACACACCAACAAAAACCAAAAACACAAAAAAACCAAAGCAAAAGUUAGAGUGCAAAAAAAAAAACAAUAAAAACAAGCAUAAGUAUUGCCAAUAACAAAAGGCAUUGCAAAAGUGCAACAAGAAAUGUGCUAAAAAUCAUUGAGCAUGUAACUGAGAGUGAGAGACAAAGAGAGUGAGAGAGAGAGAGAGAGCGUUAUGCCUGGAGGCCGAAAAUGCAGCGAGGCGACGCACUGUCUGCGCCAGCGUCCCGAUACGCUGGAGCUGAGCGUGCUGGGCACGCAUACAGGCCAAGCAGUGAAUGGGGCGGAGCAGGAGGGUGAGGAUGAUGAAGAGCUGCCAAAGCAGCAGCAGCUGGAGCUGGUGCUGGAGCAGCCACCGGUAACGCCAACGUCCAUUAUAACGUCAACGGUGACGCCAGCAGCAGCAGCGGCAGCAGCAACGCGUCGCAGGCGUUGGUUUCAUUUUGCACAAAGAUCACGACGGCGCCGUCGCUUGCGCUGCGAGGAGGAGCAACUGCAGCUGGCCGAGGAGCAAGAGGAGCACGAGGAGCAGCUGGCACGCCUAGCCCAACCAGAAACAAUGAACAUUGGCAACUCUACGCUGACGAUUGCCACACCGCUGCCCAUGAAUACGAACAGCAGCAGCCAAGACGGCAAUAGCUUCUAUAGCCUGGCCCAAGCAGCACCCGCUGCGCCGACAGCACAACAACGAACUGCCAACAAUUUGGAGCAGGCAGAGGAGGAGCCCUACAAGCAGCAGCAGCAGCAGCACCAAGCCAUGCAGUCCAAGCCACGUUUGUCCAUGCUGCAACGCUUCGCCAGCUGGCGACGCAGUGCACCCGACAGUCUGCCCAGUCGACGCCACAGUCGCAAUCGCAGUCGCAGUCCAAGCGGCGAGCAUCCAGCACAGAUCUCCGCCUUUGCCUCGGCGCGCAAUCUGCGGCGUCUAUCGCAAGUGCGCAGACGUCGCAGCUCCUACUACUUUUCGGACAAUGAACGCAGAAUCCGCGCCAACGACAAAGAGUUUAACUCACAGUUUAAAUAUCACAACAACUAUAUAAAAACAUCAAAGUAUUCGCUGUUGACGUUUCUGCCCUUCAAUUUGCUGGAGCAGUUUCAGCGCUUGGCCAACUUUUAUUUCCUCUGCCUGCUGGUGCUGCAGCUCAUACCGGCGAUAUCCUCGCUGACGCCUGUGACCACGGCCAUACCUUUGAUAGGUGUGCUCACAUUGACGGCCGUUAAGGAUGCCUACGAUGAUAUUCAACGGCAUCUGUCGGACUCGCAGGUGAACAAUCGCAAGUCGAAGACGCUGCGCAAUGGCAAACUGGUGGAGGCCAAGUGGUCGGAUGUGCAGGUGGGCGACGUCAUACGGCUGGACAAUAAUCAAUUUGUGGCGGCGGACACGCUGCUGUUGAGCACAUCGGAGCCGAAUGGUUUGUGCUUCAUUGAGACGGCCGAGCUGGAUGGCGAAACGAAUCUGAAGGCCAAACAAUGUCUGAUGGAGACAACUGAGCUGGCGGAUCAGCACGAUUUGCUGUGGGAUUUCAAUGGCGAAAUUAUAUGCGAGCGUCCCAACAAUUUGUUGAACAAAUUCGAGGGCACGCUCAUCUGGAAGAAUCAACGAUUUGCGCUCGACAAUGAUAAGAUACUGCUGCGCGGCUGUGUCCUGCGUAAUACGCAAUGGUGCUACGGCGUUGUCGUCUUUGCCGGCGUGGACACCAAGCUGAUGCAGAACUCUGGCAAGACGCAGUUCAAGAGCACAGGCGUCGAUCGUCUGCUCAACUUCAUUAUUAUCGGCAUUGUGCUGUUCCUGAUCUCCAUAUGCGCAUUCUUUGCCAUCGCCUGCGCCGUCUGGGAGGGCAUGAUUGGUCAGCAUUUUCAGCUGUAUUUGCCCUGGGAGAAUAUUAUACCGCAGGAGAUGAUUGCCUCGGGCGCCACAGUCAUCGGUCUGCUUGUAUUCUUCUCCUAUGCCAUAGUCCUAAACACUGUUGUGCCAAUAUCCCUCUAUGUUUCAGUAGAGGUCAUACGUUUUGUACAGUCGUUUCUUAUUAACUGGGAUGAGGAAAUGUACUAUGCACGCACCCACACAUAUGCCAAAGCACGCACCACGACACUCAACGAGGAGCUGGGCCAGAUACAGUAUAUCUUCUCGGAUAAGACGGGCACACUCACCCAGAAUAUUAUGACCUUUAAUAAGUGCAGCAUUAAUGGACGCACCUAUGGUGAUCUCAUUGACUUGCGCACCGGCGAGCUUAUCGAAAUAACCGAUCAGCAAACAAUAUUUCAAACUAGCAACAGCCACCGCCACAGCCACAGCCACAGCGAGCGCACACCUGACAAGCCGUCGACGGCACCACCAACCAUAUUAAUACACAAGGCCGAGGUGCACGCCGCCACGAAGAGUGCGCUGCUGCUUACAGCUGCUGGUGGCACGAAGCUGGCGCAUAGUGCCGACCAGUUGCAAGGACACAUUGCCAGCGCACAGCUGUCGCCACAGCACUUGCUCGAAAAUCCGCUGGCUCGCAAGCAAGUGCACUACAGCUUGGAGGAUACUCGCAUUGGGCGUAUUGGAGGAGCGGGCGACACGCUUCAGUCGCCGUCUGACCGCAGCGGCGGUCGCAACUCAACAGACGGCAACAGACGCAUGCGUCGGCAGCUGUCCGCGGUUUCCAUGCAAAGCAGCAGCUGCGAUAAAGUAAACAUUUUGCCUGAACAACAAGAACAGCAACAGUCACACGCUCAGCACCAACAGCAAACCAAAUGCAAGCUGAAAUUCAAAUCAAACUCAUAUGCCUCGCUGAAUGACAACAACAGCAACUGCAACAGCAACAGCAGCAGCAGCGGUUGCUGUGCGCCAUUUCGCUGCCAUGACAAGAGACAAGCAACAGCAACAGCAACAUCAAUUAAUCAAACACAAAGCGCACAGCAACGUUUUUUAAGCACACACCGCUUUGCCACUAAUUGGAAUUCGUCACAUCAAAAAGUGCACGCCAUUGAACCCGUUGACUUCUCAGCUAAUCCGCACCAUGAGAGCGACUUUCGCUGGUACGAUCGCUCGCUGCUCGAUGCCGUGCGCUCCGAGGAGCAGCAUUCGCAUAAUUUCUUUCGUCUGCUGUCGCUUUGCCACACAGUCAUGGCUGAAACAGUGAACGGACGUCUGGAGUAUCAGGCGCAGAGUCCGGACGAAGCGGCUCUGGUGUCGGCAGCUCGCAAUUUCGGCUUUGUCUUUCGCACACGCACACCAAACAGUAUUACAAUUGAAGUGAUGGGUCGCAUUGAGGAAUACGAACUGCUGCACAUACUCGACUUUAAUAAUGUGCGCAAACGCAUGUCGGUUAUACUGCGGGAUGGUAACUCGGUGGUCUUGUACUGCAAAGGAGCUGAUAAUGUCAUAUACGAUCGACUGCAUGGCGGCCAAGAGGAUCUGAAGGCGCGCACGCAGGAUCAUUUGAAUAAAUUCGCUAGUGAAGGUCUGCGCACGCUGGUGCUGGCCGAGAGACGCCUAAGCGAAGCUUAUUACAACGAAUGGCGUCAGCGUCAGCAGGAGGCGGCACUUUCGAUGGAGUCGCGCGAGCAGAAGCUGAACGCCAUGUACGAGGAAAUUGAAAGCGAUAUGCAGCUGGUGGGUGUCACAGCCAUUGAGGAUAAGCUGCAGGACGGUGUGCCCAAGUCUAUAGCGAAUCUACAGAAUGCAGGCAUUAAGAUCUGGGUGCUAACAGGCGAUAAGCAAGAAACGGCCAUCAACAUUGGCUACUCGUGUCAGCUACUAACGGAUGAACUGGUGGAUGUGUUUAUUGUCGAUGGCAGUUCGGUGGAGGAAGUCGAAAAGCAGCUGCGCCAGUUUAAGGAAUCCAUCAGAAUAUUCGAUCGCUUUCGUCCUGGUGGCUCCGAAGGCACAACUCAGAAUACUGGGAGCAGCAGCAGCAUGGAUCCCAUGAGCGCAACCGUGACACAAACAUCGGCUUUUAUGCAGGAUACGACUACUAUAAGUGGUUCACCUAUGUGCCAGCCACCGCCAGCGAUAUCGGUGGUUACCUUUAGGUGGGAUGCCAAAAUUAAGGAUAAUAAGGGCGGACCGGACAGCGCGGAGUGCACUGAUCUCUUCCGUGAUCCGAAGAGCGUUGAAGACCGACGCAGUGCGCCGCCAGUUGUGGUGGAUGAAAGCACAGGCUUUGCCUUGGUGGUCAAUGGACACUCGCUGGUGCAUUGCUUAUCACCCGAAUUGGAAUCCAAAUUCUUGGACAUUGCAUCGCAGUGCAAGGCGGUCAUCUGUUGCCGUGUUACACCUUUGCAAAAGGCGCUGGUCGUCGAAUUAAUUAAACGUGCCAAAAAUGCCGUAACACUGGCCAUUGGCGAUGGCGCCAAUGAUGUGUCCAUGAUCAAAGCUGCGCACAUUGGCGUGGGCAUAUCUGGCCAGGAGGGUCUACAGGCGGUGCUAUCCAGCGAUUAUGCCAUUGCCCAGUUUUGUUAUUUAGAACGUUUAUUACUGGUGCAUGGUCGCUGGUCCUAUUAUCGCAUGUGCAAGUUUUUGCGCUACUUUUUCUACAAGAACUUUGCAUUUACUUUGUGCCAUUGUUGGUACUCACUAUUCUGUGGCUUCAGUGCACAGACCGUCUUUGAUCCCAUGUUCAUAUCAGUAUAUAAUCUGUUUUACACAUCGCUACCGGUGCUGGCACUGGGCGUCUUCGAGCAGGACGUAUCGGAUAAGAAUAGCGUCGAGUAUCCGCGUCUCUAUACGCCGGGCCUCAAAAGCGAGCUCUUCAACAUACGCGAGUUUAUCUACAGCGUGCUACAUGGCGCCUUUACCUCAUUGAUACUGUUCCUCAUACCGUAUGGCGUCUAUAAGGAUGGCGUAUCGCAGAAUGGUUAUAUACUGAGCGAUCACAUGACACUCGGUGCUGUCGUUGCUACCAUCUUAAUAGUGGAUAACACAGCGCAGAUUGCUUUGUAUACAUCCUACUGGACCAUUGUGAAUCAUAUAACCAUAUGGGGCAGCUUGAUUUGGUAUUUUGUGCUGGAUUAUUUUUACAAUUAUGUCAUAGGCGGUCCCUAUGUGGGUUCGCUUACGCAGGCCAUCAAUGACAUGACCUUUUGGAUGACCAUGCUGAUCACUGUAGUCAUGCUAAUGGCACCAGUGCUGGCCUACAAGUUCUACCUGCUGGAUGUGCAUCCCAGUCUGUCGGACAAGAUACGUCAAAAGUCUCUAAAGAAGGUGCACUCACGCAUCUCCAGCGAUGUGCGGCGCACGCCGUCCUCACGUCGUGGCCGCCGUUCCGUGCGCUCAGGCUACGCCUUUGCUCAUCAGGAGGGCUUUGGUCGCCUGAUUACAUCGGGCAAGAUUAUGCACAAGAUGCCGCAGGACUUUGCCUUUCCGCUGGGCCUGGGCACCAAGAAGACUCAAGCGCUGCAUAAUAAUCUCUCCUCCGCUACAUCGGAUGGCAAGCAGGCAAAUCACCAUCAGAAUCACAACAGCAGCAGCAACAACAAUAACAAUAUUACAAAUUUGCGGCACAAUCAUUCAUCUAUGGCAGAUAUUAGAAUCGGACUUAACACCGACAAUACACAGGACACAACCAGCGAUGAGCUAAGUCCGCGUGCGCCCUGCCAGGACUUGGAUACAAUUAAUCUGUAGACUAAAACACACGAAACACCAAACACUGACAUUUUCUACGGUUUUUCAAACGACAAACCCAAACCCAACACACAAACACAAAAAGAAGAAGCAACAAGAAAUGUAUUAGCUUUAUCAACUGCUUAAGUGAGUAGUAGCAAGAGUAUAUUUAUAUAGUAUACAUAUAUAUUUUUAAAAUUAGCUGUGUGCAUGUUUGUGCGUGUCUGUAGUCGACUUAACUUAGUGCUAAUUAAGCUGGAAAAGGAAAUAUUUAUUUUGAGUGUGCAGCAAAGAAUUUCAAGUGAUUUUUUAUUUACAUUUUUGAGUAUUUUUUGUAGCUUAACAUGUGAUUUAAUUUAUAAGUUUAUGUGUUUUAGUUGUUUUCCCAGCCCAAAUAUUUCAAAUCAAUGCUAUUCCAUGCAUCGAAUAAGUGCUAGAUGCUUACAGUCUCAAAUAUACCAAAUAAAUAUUUCAAGUCAAUUAAGAAAUAUGAAAUACGUUGUUAGUUUUAGUAAACACUUUGAAUCCCGCUGUAAAAAAUUUAAUUUUGGUUGCAUUUAAAUUAAAUUAUGUUAGCUAUCCAUUCAUUUGCUGUGUGUGUGUGUGUGAG